AUGGCUUCUUCUAGUACGCUGCCAGAGAAGAUAUUCGAGAUCAGUUUGUUUGAGGAAGAUGAGGGCGGUCUGGCUAUUCAGGAGGGUGAUGUUGCGGCAGUGGACGACAGCGAUUUCAAUUGGAGGCUAUGCCUUGUUGGUCGAUUCAUCGCUCCAGGGUCUUUGGAUUUCCCUUCAAUGCAACAAACGUUAGCUGCCUUAUGGAAACCAGGCAAGGGGGUGUACAUGAAGGAGCUUGAUACUAACAAAUUCCUAUUUCAGUUCUUUCACGAAAUAGAUAUCAAACGUGUUAUAGAUGGCAGUCCAUGGUUCUUUAAUCAGAGAGUCCUAGUGAUCUCACGGAUGGAGAGUAAUUGCAAUCCACGCCUAAUCUCCUUGAACACAUUGGAUCUCUGGGUCCAGGUGCACGACCUACCUAUAGGCUUUAUGACUUCCAGAAUUCUUGAAGCAGUCGGUGGUUUUAUUGGCAAAUUCAAGGAAUCGUGUCCUAAAAAUUUCAUGGGUGUUUGGAGGGAUUAUAUGCGAAUUAGAAUUACCAUUGACCUGAACUUGCCCCUCAAGAGAAGGAUGCGCAUCCGUAAAGGUGACAAUGAGUGGAUAUGGGUUACGUUCAAAUAUGAGAACGGUCCUACGUUCUGUUUUAUCUGUGGACGGAUUGGUCAUUUAGAAAAAUUUUGCCCAAAAAAAUUUGAACUGCCUGAGGAAGAAAUCGUCCAGCCAUACGGUGAGUGGAUGAGAGCUCCAUUCCGUCGUCAGACCAACCCAAUGGCUCCGUAG